UAGACGCAUACAUUAUGACUACGACUCCCUCUGAACGAUUCGGCGUUCUUCCUAAGAUAGAACUUCCUGCCUGUCUUGAAUUUCUUAAGCUUAAAAACUUUCCUCUCAAGACCUAUCCAUCCGUGUACCAACCCCCACGUCUGACAAAAGACACGUUAUACAUCUUUGGUCCUGGCUGGAGAAAUACAUGGGGAAGCUUCGAUGCCGAAUGUUUGCAAUUCCAGAUCUACCUCAAAUUUGCCGGUCUUGAAUUUGAUGUCAUCAACAGUAAUGAACCCGAUGCCUCUCCCUCUGGAAAGCUGCCUUUCUUGGCCACUGUUCCUGGUGCAAUUUAUCAUGACCAACAGAUUCACAAAUGGAUAGACGACAUGGGAAAGAGCCAAGUUCUGGCGGGUGAGCACAGUGAGGAUGCAAAGGCAUUUAUUUCUUUGGCAAACACAAAAUUGAAUGCUGCAUUGAUUUUCUCCAUGUGGUUGGAACCUCUCAAUUACUCAAAAGCAACUUCUGAGGCCUAUUUUGGUCACGUUCCUGCUCCAGUAGAUUAUAUCCUGGCCUACAAGAAACAAAACAAGGUUGUUCAGCAAUUGCUGGCUGAUCGUGACAUUCUUGUCAGGGAAGAGAUUUAUUCGGAUGCUGUUCACGCUCUUGAAGCUCUUUCUGUCAAAUUGGGAGAAGCUACAUACUUUUUUGGUUCAAGCGAUCCCACUUGGGUUGAUGCAGUUAUUUUCUCAUAUAUACAUAUUAUUUUGGGUGCACCACAGUUUACAGACUCAUCUGUGUCAGAUGAAGAGAAACGCCAGGCGAGUACUCUGCGUAAUUUGGUGCUCAAGCACGAUAAUUUAGUUAGAUUUGCAAAGAAUAUUCGUGAAAAGUAUCUGUAGGGAAUACAUAGAUAAUAGAAUGAAAAAAAAAAGGACCAAGCAUUACAAAACCAGUGAAAAAUAUAAAAGUAAAAGAAUAUUAAUGAAGAGUGUGUGUUAUGAUAUGAACACCUUG